CUGACUGUUUUAUUCUUAUGAUUUGUGCUAUAAUUUUUUUUUUUGUUUUUUUCGUAAUUUCUCCUUUCUUUCUCCCCGUCCCGAGUUCCCGGCAACUCAUCGCCAACGCCAGACUCAGAAUUUGGCAAAGAUAACAAACAAAUUCAUCAACAAUCAGCAAACAAAACCCCCGAAAUUCUGUACCUUAAGCUUUGCAAAACCAUGGUAGAUCGUGACAGAAACUGGGAUUUCUACCUUCGAACACUCUCAGCAAGCGCCAGAGACUCCACUUCACCUGCUUCUGACCCUUCUCUUCUCGAAUCCGUGAAGAAGCUUUGUGACCUUUGUAAAGCAGAGAAAUCUGAUGAUUUAGUUGCUCGAAUUUAUCCCUCAAUUAACAAGCUCUUUCAACGCUCUGUUGCUUCUCUCACUCAGUCUCGCACUUCUCAUGGACUUCUUCUGCUGGCAAUUCUCCAAUUUUUCUUAGACUUUGGAGAGUUUGUUCUUCAUGAUGCUGAUCCCAGUCUGAGGACAUUUUUUCGUUCUUGCUUGAGCCGUGAUUUCGCUGACCCUGCCAUUGCAGAGGCGACAAUCGAAUUUCUUGUUGUGAAUAAGAAGAAGCUUCAUACUUCAUUUCCGACUGUGCUACCUCAGUUUUUCCCCUUGCUAUUGAAACUUAUUGCAUGGAAUGGGGAGAAGCUAGAGAAAUCAUUUCUGAAGAUAUUUCCUGCACUAGUAGCUCCUGGCUCAAUUUUGGCUAUAUUUCCAACUAUUGUUGACUUGCCUGUCCUGGUUGUUGCUCUUGAGAAGGUGGAAAAAAACUCAGGAACACUGGUUGGUAACAGCAUUGCUUCAAUCAAGAAUAGUACAGCUCCUGAGAUGCUACUUGCCCUAAUGGAUGAGGCAUAUACUGGCUCAACCAUAGCAGCUGGAGAAGGUGACUCUGAAUCUGAAGAUAGCAGUACUAUAGAUGUUGCUGAUCCUGCUUUCCUUGAUCUUCUUAAAGAUGAGAAUGACUUUAUCACCGAACGUCAUUGGACAUCACCUGCGAUUGCUGCAGCAUUACAGGCUGCUACAAGUAGUCCUCAGUCUGAUCGGUUAAAAGAAUCAUUAAAGAUCGCACCUCACCUUCUGGAUGUAUAUUUUUCUAUAGCAUUACGUGAUGUCAAUGAUUCCUUGAUCUGUGCACUUAUCCCCAUGCUUAUGUUAAGAAAUGCUGCUAUAUUUCCAGACAGGAUCUACUCUUAUGAGGUCAGAAAAAGACUUUUGGACUUUAUGCUUGCUUCAUUUCAUCGAUCACCAGAUUUUAUUGCACUUCUGAAGAAGCCCAUUGUUGACAGACUUGGAGAAGCUUAUGACAGCCAAGAGAAGACAGAGUUGGCUUUACAACUUUGUUGGGCUAUUGGAGAGCAUGGAGGGGGUGGUGAAACUCACAAAGAUGCUGCCCGUGAACUCUUUGAAAGUUUGGAGUUACUUUUAUAUGAGAACCUCUCAUCUAGCCGUCUCGGUCUAAGACAAGACUCUCAUCUGUGCAUCACUAGCGCAAGCUCCGUGAAGACGGGACAGUCUAGGCUACUAUGUUUUGUUGUAACAGCUAUUGCAAAGCUUGCUACUUACCACCGUGAAUUAUUACCUCGGGCGCGUGUAUCCUUAGCAAAGGUAGCUCGGUCUCGGUUAUCUGAUGCAAGGGUUUGGACAAGGGCUCGUGAUUGUUUGGGUUUACUGAGUGAGCCUGCCAUCUGUAUGUCUGUGUUGGGGUCUUCACGACAUCCCAAGGGAGAGAAGUAUCCAGGAACCGUGAACUGGGGUGACGGUGGGACUAAAAUGAUUGCUCAUGUCCCGUUUUACAUCUUGGCUGGACAAGCAGGCCCCCCAUUUCAUGAUUUUUCAUUCUCAGACAUCCUUCCAAACUGAUGAUUAAUGCAAGAUCUGCAGGAAUAGAUUUGGAAAUCGUUUGUGUUUAUACUUGUUGGAAUUUGUGAUCACCUGAGUAGAAAACUCCAUCUCCUCCGUGAUCCAAUAAAAGUUGUAAUUUCUUGUCAUGAUGCUUACUCAAUGUCAAUGUGAAAGAGUAGAUCGUGAAUAAAGGUAAAGGUUCUGCAUUGAUUCCUUGCA